UUGAUAGAAACUUGAUUGUGCUUAAGAUUUUCGUUCUCUCUCUUCUUCAAAGGUUUCAUAGCAUAACUGGGCUGGUUUCUUGAACUGGUGUUUCUUUAAUUUCAUGGAUUGCCACCGCCAUUUUGACAACGGUGAUGCCCAUCUACCUCCGGGCUUUAGGUUCCAUCCGACCGACGAGGAGCUUAUCACAUACUAUCUCCUCAAGAAGGUCCUCGACAGCAACUUCACUGGCAGAGCUAUAGCUGAAGUGGAUCUCAACAAAUGCGAGCCUUGGGAGCUUCCUGAUAAAGCUAAAAUGGGAGAGAAAGAGUGGUAUUUCUUCAGCCUGAGGGAUAGAAAGUACCCAACUGGUUUGAGAACCAAUAGAGCCACUGAAGCUGGUUAUUGGAAGGCUACAGGGAAAGACAGGGAGAUUUACAGCUCGAAGACUUGUGCUCUAGUGGGAAUGAAGAAGACAUUGGUGUUCUACAGAGGGAGAGCUCCUAAAGGAGAGAAAAGCAAUUGGGUUAUGCAUGAGUAUCGCCUCGAAGGCAAAUUUGCCUACCACUAUCUCUCCCGCAGCUCCAAGGACGAGUGGGUCAUCUCCCGAGUCUUCCAGAAGAGUGGCGGCGCUGCCUCUAGUAGCAUCUGCAAGAAAGGCCGUUGCAACGCCACCAUCAACCUCUGCCCGGAAGCCAGCUCCCCUUCGGUUUCUCUCCCACCUCUCCUGGACCCUACCACCACCAGCGCUACUACUGUCUCGACAACCACUCUCAAUGACCAUGACUGCUGCUCCUAUGACAGCUAUGCCCAAACUGAGCACGUGUCCUGUUUCUCCAUUGCAGCCGCUGCCUCCGCCGCUGCUAACCAGAACAACUUUGAUUUUGCUCCGCCGCCUCUCCCUUCUGCUGAUCCGUUUGGACGUUUCCCAAGAGAUCUGGGUUUGUCUGCUUUCCCCAGCCUUGGGUCUCUGCAGGAGAAUCUUCAGCUACCUUUCUUUUUCUCUUCCUCAUCCCAGGCUGCGCCGGCUGCAUAUAAUGGAGUUGGUACCAAUGCCCUGAAUUGGAUGGCAGGUUUGGAUGAGGGGAGAGUUGAUGGUGGGGGUGGUGGCGGAAGGGCUGUGAGGGGUGCCACAGAACUCGACUGCAUGUGGACCCACAAAGUUUUUAAUGAUUAAGCUCUAAUGUAAUGCAAUAUAUGUCGUGCGUUGAGUAUCCUAUUGUUUUAUCUAUGUGUUUUGUCGUUUUAAAGACGAAUCAUGCAGGUUCCUGCAUACUGUGAUAUGGUUAGGGGCUAUCUGUAGGGAUUUUAUUGAUUUUCUGGUUCAAGUCUAGUGGCUGUUUAUUAAUUAAAUAUUAGAAAGUGACUUUAUGUUCUUUA